UUAUCCCCUCCGCCUCAUCUUAUCCCCUGCUUCCCCGCUUCCUCUUCCUCCUCCCCCUCACUCCCCAAGCGAAGCCUCGAGAAUCCCAAUGGCUUCCACCACGUUCUCCUCCGCCUUCUCCAUCCUCUCGCUCCCCUCCUCCUCACCAUCCCCCUCCGUUUCGGUCCCCAGGACUCUCCCCGUGGCUAACCGCCGCCGCCGCGCCGUCGCCGUUGCCUCCACCGCCACCGAAUCCCCGAAGGUCAUCGAGCUCGGCGACGCCAUUGCCGGGCUUACACUGGAGGAGGCGCGUAACCUCGUGGACCAUCUUCAGGAGCGUCUCGGCGUCUCCGCCGCCAGCUUCGCGCCCGCUGCCGCCGUCGCGGCGCCCGCGGCCGCGGUGGCCGAGGAGGCCCCGGUAGAGAAGACGGAAUUUGACGUGGUCAUCGAGGAGGUGCCCAGCAGCGCGCGUAUUGCGACCAUCAAGGUUGUGCGUGCGCUCACCAACCUGGCCCUGAAGGAGGCCAAGGACCUUAUCGAGGGACUCCCUAAGAAGCUUAAGGAGGCCGUGAGCAAGGACGAGGCUGAGGAUGCAAAGAAGCAGCUCGAGGGGGUCGGUGCCAAGGUGUCCAUCGCGUGAGACUAGAGCAGUACGCGUUAAACCAAUUUUUUUUUACCUUUGACAUGGCACGUAAGUUGGACAAGUUGAGGACGUCGUACUCUCCAGAUGCAGAUAUCUAUGUAUGGAGCUGAACCUCAGAAAGUUCUGUGAAGAUAAUGUGUGUUUCUAUGUAUUUUUAGAGUUUCCUUUUUCUCACUGUGAUUUGAAUCCGAGAUGUAAACGGGUGAUCCUGGCAAUUUGAUACCCUUGAUUUUACUCAUCCACAAGGGUCAACCUUACUUUUCUCUGCAUGAUCAUGGUAGACAAAGCGCAUCUCAUGUUACAUCA